GAAGCCUUGCCACGCCUCGGCGAUAAUACGGCCCUGGUUGAUUGCGCGCGCAUCGCGAGUGUAUACCGCGCAACAACAAAAAUACAUUGUCUGGUGCAUUUGACGACGAACAGUCGACGCGCCAGCAUCCCGUAGAGUUCGGGUCGUUGACGUACGGAGGAAAGCCAAAAGAAAGAGAGAGAGAGCGAGAAGGGAGGCGGGUCAGAGACGAGAAGAGAACGAAAAGGAGCAGCUGCAGCGUUUUCCGCUUCCGCGUGUAGCAGCGAAGAGCGUAUAAUUCCUAUUCUUUCGCGCGAGAGCCGACGUCGCGUGUCGUAUAUACGAUUCAGUGAUCCACGGAGCAAUACAGUGAGAGUGACGAAAAUGGUGUCCGGCGGCAUGGCUUGCGUCAAGUACCUGCUGUUCCUCUUCAACCUGAUAUUCGCGAUCACCGGCAUCGUAUUUAUUUCAGUGGGCGGUGUGAUUCUGGUUGUUUACAGCGGGUACAGCAAUUUUGUGGAUAGUUGGUUCUUUGCAGCCCCACUCUUAAUGAUAGUAGUUGGUGUCAUAGUCUUCCUUGUAUCAUUCUUUGGAUGCUGCGGCGCUGUAAAAGAGAAUCACUGCAUGAUAAUAACGUUCUCGGUCCUGCUGCUGCUGAUAUUUGCUCUGGAAUUGGGCGCUGGAAUUACAGGUUACAUGAUGAGAGGAGAAGUUGGUAAUAUGUUAGGAAACCGUCUAAAUGGUACUUUGCGACAAUAUGAGCUUAAUCCGGAUAUUCGUCGUUCAUGGGACAUCAUGCAGCACGAUUUACAAUGCUGCGGUAUGAAUGGCCCUGCAGACUGGCCCCAUAUUGGUUUCCGUGAUAAUACUGUUCCCGAUUCCUGCUGCAAAGAGAUUCCUACUCAAUCGCGAUGCGACUUGAAUUCCAUUCAUGUGUACGGUGACGGCUGCAUGAUGAAACUGAAAUCUGCUAUAGAAAAUAAUGCUAUGAUCCUGGGAGGAGUGGGUAUAGGGGUAGCCCUCAUACAAUUGAUUGGAGUAGUCUUUGCGUGCUGUCUGGCUCGCUCAAUUCGCCGCGAGUAUGAGACUGUCGAAACCACAGCACACUGAUCUGCCAUCAGUUAGGAGGCAUUUUUCAUAAUAUUGUUCAUCAUACAUUGAUUAAUAAAUACUUGUAGAUUCAUUACGACCGUAAUCAUUCUUAUUGUGCUUAAAUAUAUACUCAAAGAGGAAUGAUGUCACAAGUAUUUAGUGUACAGCGAUACCGUAAGUUAGUGACGUUUCGGUAUGUAUGUAUGUAAUCCAUGUAAAAUUACAUACUUUAGAGAACCAUAAAUUGGCAUCUCUUUUUACUUCGCUUUUUCUUAUAAAUUGAAAAAAAACAAACCGAAUAGUAAUAUGCAUUGAAUAUUGACAUAUCUUGUUAAAUUUAUCAUAUCAAGUUACUGCCAAUGUCUGCCAAAAAUAUAUGUCACAUGCAAUAUGAAAAAGAAAAGGAAAGAGAACUAGUCGAAAAAUGUAUACAAUUCCGUUUACAGAGAUUACCAGUGGAACUAUGAUCAAUUUUGGCACAUGUACAACGAGGUGCCUGUUAAAUGAUGUGCCAUGAUGUAAUGUCUGAUCUAUUUUUUCAUGUGAUACGUUUGUAAGUUUGGUAAUGUUUUGCGAAUUAUUUAUAAUCUGUAUCUUUAUAAGAAAUAGCAUUCAAUGUAGCCAUCAUUCCUCUUAAUUUUUUGCCAGAUUUAAAUAAACAAAGAAAAAGAGUUACUUCUGCAUCAUCUUCCUCAGGGUGCAGAAUGAGUAAAUUGUGUAACGGUUAAUUAUUGCAAACUUGUGUUCUGAUAAUUUAAUAUUACUAUAAAAUAGUAUAUAUUAUAUUUGAGUACAUAGUCUUGGCAUCUAUUUUUAAUGCCUCCUCAUCUUUCUCUCUUUCGACAAAAUACAGUCUCUAAUACUUAUAAUAUAUACGAUGUUGUAGAGUAAUCUUGUAUUAAAUUUAUAAUAAUUUUCUGUGUUCUAUACGAAGAAAAACAAGAAAAGGCAGUGUACUCUUAUUCGUAAUCGACGGUGCCCCGUGAAAUAUAUAUACAUAUGCGUGUAUAUAUAGUGUCAUUAUGUAAUACCAGAUGUACACAAAAAUUCUGUACCAAUGAUGUAACAAAAUUAGCGCAUCUUUAACAUUUAGCUCGAUUUAAAUGGAGUAUCAAAUGGAAGCUAGCUCUAUCCUGUCAAUAAUUUAGCUUGUAAUGUCAGUGAACUCUGAUAUUGAUUCUUGCGCUUCAUUAUAUGCUAUUGACAGUUUAUUGCUACAAAACAUUUGUGCAUGUUUAGUGCUAAGUUCAUUCAUAUUUGGGACCAAAGUGAAAAGAUUAACAUUAUUUUUACUGAUUGUGAGU